AGCGUGGCCUCACCGGCCACACGGAAGUACUUUUAUUUCGUUAGCUUUAGCAACGUUGCUCACAAUAAGAUGUGAGAAAUGACCACUGUUCUAUUUUUGAAAUGUAUUCAGCUCAUAUAAACCACAAUUUAAUUUUAUUCGUCAUAUAUUAGUUUUCCGUAACGUAAUUUAAACAGCGUCUGGGAAAGUGUAUUGGAACUAUCCACUAGCUACUGUGUUAGCUGUCUUUGCUAACGCCAGUAGCCAUGCCGCCCUACUCUGAACUGAGGAAAACCAACCACUUCUACUACUUCAUCAAAUUUACCUUGAAUAUCUACUCUAUGCUGUUCUCGCUGAUGGGUCUGUGUGUCCUGUGUGUGGGUGUGUAUGCUGAGGUGGAAAGGCAAAAGAAUCGAACCCUUGAGGGGCUUUUCUUGGCUCCUGCCGUGGUGCUUAUCCUGCUGGGCUUGGUGAUGUUCACCGUGUCGGUGGUCGGCAUGGUUGGAUCGCUCAGGGACAACAAGACUCUACUGCAUAUGUUCCUCUGUGUUCUCUGUGUGCUGCUGCUCCUCCAGGCAAUCGCUGUCAUUACUGCACUCAUAUUUGAAAAAAAGACGUCAGCCUUGUUUCAGAGCAGUAUACGAGAAGGAAUCAAACACUACUAUGAUGAUCUGGAUUUCAAAAACAUCUUGGACUAUGUGCAACAAAAGUUUUCAUGCUGUGGAGGAGAUGAAUAUAAGGACUGGGGAGUCAACCAGUAUCAUUUCUGCAAUGGCACUGGUCCACUGGCCUGCGGGGUUCCAUAUACUUGUUGUGUUCGCCGCAAGGUGGGUGAGGUCAUUAACACGUUAUGUGGUUACAAGACUCUGGAGCAGCAGCGUGAAACCCUGCAUGAGGUGAUCCAUGUGCGAGGCUGCAUCCAUGCAGUUAACCUUUGGAUGAGUGACAAUAUUGGAAUAACCAUUGCAGUCUGCUGCGCCAUUGGACUCCCACAGCUCCUGGGUAUCAUCCUGAGCUGCAUCUUCUGGAACCUGCUGGUGGACAUGAGCGAGUCUGCUGACAUGGUGGACUUCAAGCUGAAGAAGUCAGAGUAUGAAUACAGCGAGUUGGACCUCGCUGGUGCCGGAUGGUGUAUGUGUCUGCCGAGGGAUGGAGGCUACCUGCCCGUUCCCGAGUCAGAGCCCGAACUCGACCCCAUUGACAUUCACCUGGAGAAGCUGAAGAAGCAACCCCCUCGCACACACUCUCAGCUCCGGGAACUGCAGCAAUCCAGAUCAGCUUCCGGGCUGGACGAGGUCGACAUUGGCAGGAAGCAGAAAAGGGAACACUGAGGUCCACCUACCUUUUCUCGCCUUUUGUGUUUUGCCUUUCAUGUCAUUGUAAUCUUUGAAUUUCUUAGACUUGUGUUGCACUACUUAAUAUUUGAAUAUUUUAGCCAUUGGAUCAAGAUAUUUUGGUUAGCUAAAAGGAUCAUUUCAUUUGUACUUUGGCACUUUGUUAAUGAAUUUACGGUAACCAUUUCUUUACAAAAAAAAUGGAAAAACAAAAUGCAACAUAGGCAAUUUCUUAUUUUGUCUUGUGAAAGUUGAUAUUUAAGUUUUUUUUUUGUCAAGAUAUCAGACUUUAUUUAAGUUUUCCUUUGAGCCUUCUGAUUGAGCUCUGUCUCAUGUGCUAAAGCUUACCUCAGGCUGUUUUGAAAAUAGCCCAGUAGUCAGAGGAUGGUACUAUAUGACGGAACAAUAAAUGGUAGCUUAAAAUUUUGUUUUUUGUUUUUUGUUUUUUUUAGUUUAGUUUUGUUUUUCGUGUCCGAGAAAUAGGAAUAGCUAUAUAUGUGUUGAGCCUAGUAUCUGUGACGGAUGUGUACAGUCUAUUUGUUUUUAUUAUGAUCUCAUUUUGAUUUUGUGCAAUCAUUUGUGGAAUAACAUUGGGUGCAUGUUUUGUACUGUACAUGAAAUAAGUGGCGGAGGAAAAAAAUACAAACAUGGUUUACAUGUUAAGCUCUCUUUUGGGGGUUUCAGUCUAUUUCAUUUUUAAACUAAACUUUAUAUUCCUCCCUGCUUUUAAAAUCUGAAAAGGGAUUAUCAUGAUUUACAAAUCCGUUAACCAAUCUGACAGUUUUGUAUCUGAGUUAUGCACUGUUUUGAGCUUACCCUAGCUCCUGCCUUGUAUCAAUACUACAGUUCUUGUCAAUAAAGCUGAAUUUGUUUACUGA